AUGAAGAACAGGAGGGAAUAUGUGGAAUACUGGAGCGCGAUUAUAGUGUCUCUCUUCUGGAUUCACAGCUCUGUCGGGAUGCCCCAUGUCAUACGAAUAGGGGGGAUUUUUGAACAAAUGGAUGGACCUGUGGCACUCGUCAGCUCCGAGGAACUGGCUUUUAAAUUUGCUGUUAAUAAUAUUAACAGAAACAGGACAUUAUUGCCCAACACCACGUUAACAUAUGACAUUCAGAGGAUUAAUAUCUAUGAUAGCUUUGAGGCCUCCAGGAAAGCGUGCGACCAGCUGUCUUUAGGUGUAGUUGCCAUAUUUGGGCCGUCUCACAGCUCCUCAUCGAAUGCUGUACAGUCGAUCUGCAAUGCCCUGGAGGUGCCACACAUUCAAGUGCGAUGGAAACACCACCCGAUGGACAACAGGGAUACAUUUUAUGCCAACCUGUACCCGGAUUACUCUUCUCUCAGCUACGCUAUCUUAGACCUGGUGCAGUUCCUCAAGUGGAAGACAGCCACCGUGGUUUACGAUGACAGCACAGGUUUAAUCAGACUCCAGGAGUUAAUUAUGGCUCCAUCCAGGUAUAACAUCAGGCUGAAGAUCCGACAGCUCCCUCUGGACAGCGCGGACACCAGACCUCUGCUCAAAGAGAUGAAAAGGAGCAGAGAGUUUCGCAUUAUCUUCGACUGCAGCCACAUAAUGGCUGCCCAGAUCCUCAAACAAGCCCAGAUGAUGGGGAUGAUGACAGAGUACUAUCACUACAUCUUCACCACUCUGGAUCUCAUGGCCAUAAACCUGGAGCCGUACCGCUUUUGUGGUGUCAAUAUGACUGGCUUCCGCAUCCUAAACGUGGACAAUCCUCAGGUUGUCUCCAUUGUGGAAAAGUGGUCCCUUGAGAGGCAGAUUCCCCCAAAACCGGACUCCGGUCUCCUGGAAGGGAUCAUGACGACAGAUGCUGCUCUGACGUACGACGCAGUCCACAUUGUGUCGGUUUCUUACCAGCAUGCGCCGCAGAUGACUGUCAACUCAUUGCAGUGUCAUCGCCACAAACCCUGGAGGUUCGGAGGACGCUUCAUGAGUUUCAUUAAAGAGUCUCACUGGGAUGGCCUGACAGGACGGCUGUGCUUCAACAAAACCACAGGUCUGCGCACCGACUUUGAUCUUGACAUUGUGAGUCUUAAGGAAGAUGGCCUCCAAAAGGUGGGGAAGUGGAGUGCAUCUGGGGGGCUGAACAUCACAGAGGUCCCCAGGCAGAACGGCAUGAACAUCACUGACUCGCUUUCCAAUCGCUCUCUAGUCGUCACCACCAUCCUGGAGGAGCCAUAUGUCAUGCUUAAGAAGUCUGACAAGGCACUCGUCGGCAAUGACCGCUUUGAGGGCUUCUGUAUUGACCUGCUUAAGGAGUUGGCCAGCAUUCUUGGCUUUUCCUACGAGAUCCACCUGGUGCCGGAUGGAAAGUAUGGGUUUCAAGAUGAUAAAGGCCAGUGGAAUGGGAUGAUAAAGGAACUCAUGGAACACAGGGCUGAUCUUGCUGUGGCUCCUCUCACAAUCACCUUUAUGCGGGAGAAAGCGAUUGACUUUUCGAAACCUUUCUUGAAUACUGGGAUCAGCAUCCUGUACCGUAGACCCAACAGCACCAACUCUGGCUUCUUCUCCUUCCUGAACCCAAUGACACCUGAUAUUUGGGUCUACAUCCUGUUGGCCUACCUGGGAGUCAGCUGUGUGCUCUUCGUCAUUGCCAGGUUCAGCCCGUACGAGUGGUAUGAUGCCCAUCCGUGUAACCCAGGCUCCGAUGUGGUAGAAAACAACUUCACCCUUCUCAACAGCUUCUGGUUCGGCGUGGGCUCCCUCAUGCAGCAAGGUUCAGAACUGAUGCCUAAAGCUCUCUCUACCCGAAUCAUCGGAGGAAUCUGGUGGUUCUUCACCCUCAUCAUCAUCUCCUCCUACACAGCGAAUCUGGCCGCUUUCCUCACUGUGGAGAGGAUGGAUUCGACCGUGGACUCAGCCGAUGACCUGGCCAAACAGACCAAAAUAGAGUACGGCGUAGUCAAAGAUGGAGCAACCAUGUCCUUCUUUAAGAAAUCAAGAGUGUCUACAUUUGAGAAGAUGUGGGCUUUCAUGAGUAGCCGGCAGAGCACAUCGUUCGUCAAGUCCAUUGAAGAUGGGAUUCAGAGAGUGCUAAAGUCAGACUACGCUCUUCUAAUGGAGUCAACGACCAUUGAGUAUGUGACACGCAUAAACUGCAAUCUCACGCAAGUUGGCAGCAUCAUCGACAGCAAAGGUUACGGCAUCGGCACCCCGAAAGGCUCGCCAUACAGGGAUAAAAUUACAAUCGCCAUCCUCGGUAUACUGGAAGAUGGACGUCUUCAUAUGCUCAAAGAGAAGUGGUGGAGCGGCAGCAGCUGUCUGGAAGACGAGCGGUAUGAAACGGGUCCCAUGGGCAUCCAGAAUCUUGGCGGCAUCUUCAUUGUGUUGGCGUCUGGUCUGGUGCUGUCAGUGUUUGUGGCGAUAGGAGAGUUCAUCUAUAAACUGCGAAAAAAUGCAGAGCGUGAACAGGUCUUUCUGCAGUGCGGUGAUAGAAGAGAUCAAACUGUCGUUCACAUGCGAGAGACGAGUGAAACACAAGCUACACCACCAGCCGCCAGCCUUGAUGAAGACAGACGCAGUGAUCAACAUGCACUCUUUCAACGACCAUCACCUGCCAGGAAAGGACAACAUGAGCUGCAAAACCGCGAUGACGCCCGUGUUUCCAUGACUUGCCUGGGCGACGGCCAUCUGAGGCACGUCCCCGGCGCCGUGCCGGAGAACAGGAACUACGGCUCCGAGAUGAUUACGGCAUUCACCAUCAACCGCAGAGACAUCCGACACCAAAUGGCCAGUCAGAACGGUGGUGGUAGCAGCAAACCAGGAAGUGACCACAUCCUCAAACCAAUGUAUCCCACCAUGCCAUUGCGAGAAGGAGGCCGAUCAGUAUCGUUCCUGUGAGAGCGAGCCACAUCUGCGAAACUAUCCGCACCCGAAUCUGAUGUUUACAAACGACACUCAAAAGCUAAGCUAACGAUCUGACUCGAAGGAGCCCCCCGAUCAAACGAAAAUAUAUGUUUCUCAUCGGAACAAAGUAAAAAUGUUGAAAAGAGGCUUUUUUUGAGCACGGCAAUAAAUUAAACUACGGACAGAAAUAAAUGGAAGUAGUUUUCUUAGAGUAUCAUUUAUAGUUGAUUUCGAAGAGUUCUGACAAUUUAUCUUUUGAUUUCAUUAAAAUGCUGCGGCAUUUUGGUGGGGAUGCAACAAAGAAGCGACAUCUCUCUGGAUGCGAUGCGGCGGACCGUAGGAACAGUUUAAUUUAAAAUGAUGUACUGCAGCAGCCCGUGUGACUAGCUAGAAUAGUGAAAAAUCCCAUAGAAUGCAAGUUUCCGAAGGCUGGAAGGUGGAGCGGCAUCCUUCGCUCACGGAAAUGCACAAACAAACAGGGUUGAUUUCAUUCGAGCCACCUAAACAAAUUGUAAAAUUAACAACAAUUCUGUACGGCAGUUUUGAGCAAGACUCCCAGCCAUUUUGAUUUAUUCGUGCUUCAUACAUUGCCAGCAGAUGUUUUUUCUUCUUUUUUUUUACACAGUGAGAUCUAAUGGUAAUUACGGAUAAACACAACAGUUGCUAAAGAUCUGUCGUCCAAAUGGAUUUAGACACUUGAAAUGCAGCUUCCCAUACAGACAAGAGAGCGAGUGACACGUUGCCUUGGCUCUGUUUGUUAAAUGAGUUAUUCCUGAGAAUCACAGCCCUCGAAACAAGAAUACACACUUCACACAGUACAUACAGAGGAUUCGACACAAACACAGAGCAUGCUGUAUGAUGGAGAGCUAAUACAAAGGAAACAAAACCGUUUUAGGAUGUACAUGAGGCAGAAUGUCUCUCGUGUGUAUCUGUUCGACAAGUCAGCUAUGAUUACAGCGGCUUUUUCCGUUUGCAUCUGCAUUGAGAACUUUCAGUGUCAACUAGUUUGAAGUAAAACAUUUCUAAAGGGUCUGGCCUUUUUGUCAAAACAUUAAAUCAGAAAACAUCUGGAUGUUUGAUAUUAUUGUAUGUUAUUAUUCCGGCUUUCAUUCUUGUUGUAUGAGGUUUAUAACAAAAUUACUAAAAACAAACUCAAUAAAUUUGCUUGAAAAUGAAAAAAUGAAAAUCACCAACACGUAGAUCCAAAACCUGUAUUUUUUUUUUUCAUACAAUAAAAGCUGGUGGUGAUUUAUACUGCCAAGUUUAAAAAGGGAUAAAAAGCAUCUUUUAAUUAUCAAUUAGUUCAAGAAGAGACGUCAAACCUUGUCUCUGCCCUGACGGAGAAGAUUAUCUAGAAUAAUGAAUUUCACAUUUUGGCAUAUUUCUAUAGCUAUUAUGUAAUAGCAGGAUAAAUGUAGUUGUAUAACAUGUUCAAGUAAAGACAAAUUUUAAGGCCUGUUUACACCAAUAAUGACAACUACGACAAUAACUAUAUUAGUGUUCAUCCCAACGGUUUAGCAGUUUCGUCGUCUGUCACUUUAAAUGCUCAAUCCCUUUAGGGUGCUUUCACACUUGAUUUGAUUGCUUGGUCGAGACUCCAGUUGAUCUCCCUCCCCCUGCUUCUGCUGGAUUGUGUUCACAUGGUAGUUUUUGGCUCUGAAACACAGUACGUUUGCAUCAUCAGAGUGAUAGCUGUUUACCUCUGAUGGUAGGUAACAACUAUGCAGAAGACAGCAAAAUGAAAAAAUAAUUUUUGUACUUCAGAAUUUGAAAAUUUUGAUUUGUUUCCAAAGCACCAACACAGAAUGAAACAUACAUUUAUUCUUCAUGGCUGUAAUACAAAAAAAAAAGAUUAUAUAAAUGCGAAAUGAAUUGUCUCAUGAAAGCGAGUAAACCCAUAAAUACAGUUAUUUGAAUGACCAAUUUAUGCGUAGCAACUCACUUCCAUGAUUUAGUAUGAUUGCGUUCACAUUAGAAGUGAGUUCACAUCUAAAAUACCCCAGAUCACCCUUUUUAGGCAGACUCAAGUAUGGUUCACACGUGCGCACCUGAGUUCAGAAAUCAGCAUUCACAAUUUCCACACAAACAAAACUCUGACGUAUAAUGAGCCCAGGUGUGCACUAAAAGUGCCAGUGUGAAAGCUUCCUUAGUCGAGUGGAUCUGACUGGCUGUCAAUGUUUUUAGAAUUCAUCAACUAGGAAAAAAAAAAUGUGUAAAAAUGAUUCCAAUGAUAUCUUCUUCCCUAUUGUUUCGAACAUUUCGAAUGAUUAUUACAUCUUUAGUGAUAGUUUUAAUGGUGCAUUUAUUGUUAUAUAUGGAGUCUAGCAGUAUGAAUAAUAUCCCACUUUUGUUGCAUCGAAAAGAGUAACUCUCGCUAAAACCUCAUUUUGGGUUUCACAGAAAAAGGAAAAUAAUACCGUUGAAUGACAUAAGGGUCAAUAAGCAAUGACAGAAUACAGGUGAAUCGGCCUAAAGGAAAGUUAAUUUGAAGUAAAUGCACUGAUUUCUUAUUCUAACUGAAUAUAUUUGUUUUGUACACUUUUUAUCCAUAAUAUUAUUCAAAAAUCAUCAGAAGCUUUGGGUUGAUCCAUGUUGAAAUGGGUUACAUUUUAACGCCAUCAUUUAGGUGUAUUUCAUUUCGAAGCAUUCUCACUAUUCUCAAAUUCUGCAGGACUGUUCUCCUCAUGUGUCUGAACUUGAUGUUAAGAUUUCAGAUGGUCGAACGUCCGGUGUAAGAAGGUAGUUGCUUUCACAUUUGCAUAUUUGAGUCUUCACAGAAUAAAGAGAGUGAACAAAUGCAGAGACGGCUACACUAAAAUGCAACACAAGCGUGUUGAACAUCAAAACUGCAAUACAGAUGUACCGCACUAGACCCUCUCUUCUCUGAACAUGGCAAAUUUUCAGAAAAGCAUUUAGUGACAGUUCUCAUAGGUAGUGGAAACCCUAUUAAGCUACUAAACGUUCUCAUGAUGAGGUGUAGGUGCUAAGAGUCUUGCACCUACUGCUACCCUGCUACCCACCUGCCCACGGCAGCUUGACCAAUGAAAGACCUCCGUGAGGUCAAUCUAACGGACAGUGUCGAAAAACAAAGGAAAAAAACUAAAAAACAUUUUGUGUUUUUAUGGUGAAUUAUGUAUCAAUUAGAAUAACUUCAUGUGACUCAAUGUUUCUUUGGUGAGAGCUCAUUGUAUAUGUUAUUCAAAUUCUGUGUAAUUUUAACACUCUCUUGCAAAGUUAGGGUACAUAUUAGAUGACCAGAAAAUUACUGUAUUUUGCUGAAUAUCAAUGAUUUCUACCUGUAUUUUUUUUCCCCCUCAGUUUUUCUCUUCUUGACAAUUUGUGCAAUGCUGUAUCGAGUGUGGUACAUGCAUAUUGUAAUAUAGGAUCUACUCUUGAGAAACUUCUAAAACGGGCCCUAAUUCCAGCACAUUCAGUUCCAUUCAUAGAAGGAGUUGAUAGGGAAUCUGAGUCAUGUAUGUGAGGCCUCCAGGUUUUCUGCAACAUAAUGUACUCAUAUCAGAUGUAUAUAAAUAAGACAUAUAACAGCAUAUUCAAAGAAUAUGAUGACCAGUUCCGUGUCAUUUUUAGCAUUUUCCAUGAACACUCAUCAUGGAUAUUUGGCUUAUUUAAUUAUUGGUUCACUCAGUCUUUUCUCAAAAAAGCUAUUAUUCCAAGAAUAUACGUGUCAUAGUACGAUUCUUUGUCACUAAAUUGUUUCUUUAACAGAUUGUCUAAAUAAAAUUACAAAACAAACCCCUUAAAGGAAGUUAUAUCAUAAAAUAAUAAAGAAAGACAAAAAAGGAAUAGUUAACCAAAAACUUGUUAUUAUUUACUUCAUGUUGUUCAAAAUGUGUUUUCAGUGGAACACAAAUAGAGAAUGUUUAUACAGAGUUUUCCACCACACAACAUAACAUAAUCUCAUUUUGUGAGGAACAGACUGAAAUGCAAUUUUUUCGGCUUUAAAAUCUCACUCUCCAUUCUGCAUAUUAAUUUACCAUAAUCUAUGAACUAAUUACUGUAUGAAUCAAUAAUCACUCAAAUUUAAUUCUGAGUUAUCAUGUAACUUCAGAGUUUUUAUUUUGUAACUUAUGUUAAAGGGGUCAUAUG